AUGCCUGAAGCGAUUGCGACCACGAAGCGCAAAUUCUACAAAGCACUCGACGCCUUGACUUCGACUGCAGCUCUACCCGCUCAUGAUGCGUCGACAUCAAGCAAGAAACGUACUUCCAAUGCCGCUGCAGCUUUUGACGAGGCUCGGGAACGUGCCAGAAAGCGAUUGCGGCACAGCGCUUCUGCAACAUCUCUAGAUAGCACGAGCGCGUCUGUUAUCUCACUGCCACGAAAGCUUCCCAACCACAGCAGCCGCGAUCUGUCAAAGCCCCCGCCUCAAUUCUCGCCUUGGUCGCAGGACACCUUCCUCGCACGGCUGAAGACUUUUAGUAGCGUGAGUCAAUGGCAUCCCAAACCAGAUCCGAUUGGGGAGGUGGAGUGGGCGAAACGCGGCUGGGUUUGUGUCGAUGUCAAUACUGUGGCGUGCAAGGGUGGCUGUGAACAUAGGCUCGUGGUCAGCAUGGAGAUCGAUCGGAAGGCCAGGAACUCCAUGGAGGCAGAGGAAGAAAGUGACGAGGAUGACGACGCAGAAGCGGAAGCUCUGGAAGAAGCAUUGGCAGACCGGUACAGAGAGGAAAUCGUGGAAGGACACUCGACUUCAUGUUUAUGGCACAAGGCUGGAUGCAAGGAUGACAUUUAUCGUCUGCCUGUGGUCCGACCAUCGAUAUGGCAACCAGAGUUGAGAAAGCGCUUUCGCUCACUGCGCGAUAUUGGCAGCUCCAUUAGCAAAGUCAAGAUCAGGUCUUUUGACGAUUCUUCUGCAAAGGUGCUGAAAGAUCUCCCCACGACCAUUCUUGAAGACAACGCGGCGAAUUCAGACGCAGAAAGAGCUUUCACGAUCGCUAUGCAUGGCUGGCGAGGCUCCAACGAAAACGAACUGCUAGAGUGCGACGCCUGCUUUCAACGCAUCGGCCUGUGGAUGUAUCAACCUGACUAUCGGAGUUCGAGGCGAAGCAACAACGAGGACGAGGUAAACAGCGAGAAUUUUGCAAUCAUCGACCUGGUGGAGCUACACCGCGACCACUGCCCGUGGCGCAAUCCGACAACGCAAAAAGCCAGCGGCAGUUUGAGCGGGCUCCACGCCAUUCAGAUCUUGCAUAGAGUGGUUUCGACUUGCGCGCGAGAUCAUCGACGGAGAUCUCAAGAACACGAGCCUGCGGAGGUCGCUCAAGAUGAGACGCCCGAGUCUGCGCGUAUUCUCUCUAGGGAAGAGAUUAUUCAGCAAGACCAGGAGCGUGAAUCCAGAUUGAGGAAGCUGAAGAAUCUCUUCAGCAUCAAGAGGCGAUCGACGACCAAAACGCCUUCGAAAACGGCUGCAUGA